UUCUUUACACUCUCAAUGCAGACAGUGUCUUACACGCCCUCACGGGUGAUAGCGAUGUUUCUUGUUCAAUUUGAAGUCAGAACUGGCUACGAGAUCGUAUGGUCCAAGUCCGUCAUCGAUGGCUACGAUUUUUCAGGAUUGGAUUUCAAAGUCUUGCCAUCAGGUAUUCAUGAAUUCGAUAAAGCAACAGUCUUGGUUUCACAUUUGCACUCUGACAAGGUCUACUAUGGUCUUGGAACAUUCCGGCAGCAUAUAGUUGGACAAAAUCAGCCUCUCGAUAGAUCUACUGUCAAGGUAUAUUCUCUUGGAAUCAUAUGCGAUCCCGCAACCAAGGAGCUGGAGUCAUGGAAGCCGAACGAAUUCAUCAGCAAUGGCUGGGAGUAUAUUGAAGUAUUGGACUCGACGUUAGUUCACUUUCUACAAACAGAACAAUACGACAACUUUGACAUUUUCAACCAAUUAUACGAUCGAAUCCUUUCCAGUGAACCGCACUUGCCAGUGUCUUCGUCUUCGUCGAGAUUUCUACUGAAUUCGCUGGUAAAAUUGACUCCGAAUGUUCAUCACCAUUUGUUAACUAAGCUUCCACAAAUGUUUAAAACCGUGGGCCCGUUUAUCUUCGCUCUUUACAAGCAGAGUUUACUUCGUAAACGUAUUAUUUUCUUUGCUAAAAACCACAGACACCAUCUCCUCGACAAAGAAAGCAUCGAGAAUGAUAGCGACUCUGUCGAGAAUGACAUCUAUUUUAACCACAGUGCCUUCACGUAUUUGUUGUCGUUGAUUUCCGUUAUUCCUCACGACAUUGAAACUGUUUCUAAAGACGAAAAGAAGCAUUCAUACUCUCAGCCAAUCUACAACAUUGGUUUGAACGACUUAGAUAGCGACGAUUUGCUCAAAACCAGCGGGUAUAUUGCCUCUACCAGUGACGACAUAUUGAUGUUCCAGCGAGAUUUGUACGACAUAGGUGUAAUUCUUGACGAUAGUGUCACUGUCUACAACCACUCGGACAUCAAAGAUAUGAACAUCGACGAUUCCAAGCGUAUUAGAGCAACCAUCAAGGACUAUAAGAAGUUCAAGUUGAUCUAUAAACCCAUUUCCUGCAGCAGGCAAGACGAUACCCACCAUACAAUCUUCACCAACAAUACAAACAUCUCUACUGAUGAUUUGAACUCUCUUUAUACAGCUGCUUCGGUCGAAACUUCUGCCAAUCCAGAUGAGUAUGACGAUAUUCUUGCUGAUUCUGGAUCUGUGUAUGUAGACGAACCUAAGUGGUGGUUGGAUUAUGCCACAGAGCCGAUUUCAUGGAGAGAGUCUAUUUGGCAAGCGUUUUCAUGGUUUGCCAGUGCUGGCCAAGUUGAUUCAGACAGUGCUGCCGAUACCGCCACAAGUGCUACCAGUUUACGUAAGACCAAUUUGGACUUAUUUGAGUUGAUCAAAACUAUAGGAUACUUCCAUAAGCUUACGAAGAAAUGGUUCUACUUGGUGAACGAGAUUAUCACCGAGCAGCUUGACGACUUGGUUCCACAAGGAGAGAGUCUUCAUGGACAUGACGACGAAGUCAAUACGUCACUAUUGUCGCUGUUGACAUCUUCUUCCAAGAUCAGAGUCGAGCUUACAUACCAGGACAUAGUUGACAUGGAACUCGAUCCUUAUUCAGAGGCAGAUCUUCAGUUUGUCAGAGAGUUUGUUCUUCUCUACUGGGGCUCAGUGGUAGAUAGUGUAGAAAUAGGUAUAGGCUUUACCAGCAUCUGCUGUUGA